AUAAAAAAUAAAUAAAAAAAAAAAACAAAUAAACAACAAAAAGGCUGUAGGAUAAUAGAAUUCGAGGAAAUGAAAUAUAAUUGAAUCAUGAGGAAGACGGAAUUUUUAAUUGUGGUAUAUGAUAAAAAAUCGGACGAACGCGGUAACGCAUUGAUAUUUUAUGAUUCUACAAUUAUUAUUGUCAACUAACUAUCGCGAGGAUGUCGAAGAUAACGGGCUACGAUACACACGACGACGGACCAGGAUUCGUGGGUAUUCGAUUUUGCCAGGAGUGUAAUAAUAUGUUGUAUCCGAAAGAGGAUAAAGAGAAUAAGGUGCUCAUGUAUGCGUGCAGAAAUUGUGAUUUUAAGCAACUGGCGGACAGCAAUUGUAUUUAUGUGAACAAGAUCAUGCACGAAAUAGAUGAGCUGACACACAUCGUCGCUGAUGUAAUAUCGGACCCUACAUUGCCAAGAACCGAAGAACAUCCAUGCCCAAAAUGCAAUCACAGAGAAGCUGUAUUUUUCCAGGCCCAAACUAGACGGGCUGAGGAGGAAAUGAGAUUAUAUUAUGUGUGUACGAAUCAACAUUGCUCCCACAGAUGGACAGAAUAAAUAAUACAUAUAUGUAUAAUCAUCCAAUGUACAUCCUCCCUUUGUAUAUGCGUAACUUAAUUAUUAAAUCGAUAAAUCACAUGUAAAAUUGUAAAGACGAUAAGAUGCAUUGUAAUGGUGUAUAUAAUAAAAAUCUAAAAAAAAUUAGAUAAA